UGUUCGCUGUUUGUUUGCUGCUUGAGAUUUAUUUGCUGAAAUAAUCUGUUUUUUGUUUUAAAUUUUUUUCGGUGAUUCUUCUUUUUUUGGUUUGUUUGUUUGACAAUCAAAAAAUGGAUAAAAAAUCUCAACAAAAUAUGUUCAUUUCAACAUAUUUAUCCGGUUUAUUGAUUUUAGUUUUUUCAAUAUCAAAUGUGGUUGGUGUUAUAUUUCAGAAAGGAAAUGAAAAUUUUUAUGAUAACCAAUAUAUCGAAACGACAAACACCCAGUUGACUCAAGAAUGUCUUGAAUGGCAUAAUUAUUUUCGCCAAUUACAUGGGGCACAACCAUUGACUUAUAGUCAUGAGCUCGAACAAAUUGCACGUUAUCGAGCAAUCGAAUUGGCUAAAAAAGAUGGAACGAAUUUUUAUCACCAUGAUAAUAUGGAUGUUGGUGAAAAUCUGGCCUGGAAUUCACAGGAACCUAUUGACUGUCGUAUACCAUUGCAAUUAUGGUAUGAUGAAUGGAAAACAUAUAAUUUCCGUCGACCGAAUAUUAAUCCAAGAAAUGGACAUUUCUCACAAAUGGUUUGGAAAGGUUCGAAACGAAUCGGUUGUGGCCAAGCAAUCAGUAAAGGUAGCAAAGGUGGAACAUUCACCGUUUGUAAUUAUGAUCCUCCAGGCAAUUGGAAGGGUGAAGAAUUACAAAAUGUUAGUCCACCCGUUAGUGGUGUUGGUGUCGAAUGGAAUCCAUUGGGUAGUAAUUCUUAUGUUGAAUUACCACCAGUUGCACCAACGGUUAAUUAUUCUGCACGUAAAAUUAACAAAUGGCUGGCUAAACCAUCAGUAGCUAAAAAUUAUUAUUAUCAAGCACCCAAAAAAGUAUCAUCGUGGAAUAUUAACAACAACAAAAAAUGGAAUACCUAUUAUAAUGGCGUCAACAAAGUGAACAAGUCAUAUCGUAAAAGUCCAUUGAUUAAUUAUAGCUAUUAUGGAUGAUAACAAGAUAUCAAACCCGGUGCUAAUUGCGAUAUCAUAUCCACUGAUUGACCCAUUUUAUUGAACCUCCGAAUUCAAACAAAACAAUAAAAAACUGCAAAAAUACUCAAUUAAAAUUCAUUUGAAAAAACACUGCUACGUCAUCACCAUAUCAGAUCCUUAUUUUAGAAAUCAAAACAACAUCAUCAUGUUUACAUUCAGAUCAAACUUCUGUCCGUUUAAUUUAUGCGUUG